AUGGCUUUACCCGAAACUAUGAAGGCUGUCGUCUUUGAUGGCCUAUACAAGGUGUCCGUGCAGGACCGGCCAGUCCCUCAACUGUGUGAUGACCGGGAUGUAAUCCUGAAAGUUCAUGCCGCCGGCUUGUGUGGAUCUGAAUUGCACAUCUACCGCGGACACCAGACUUCAGGCACUGGCUUCAUUAUGGGCCACGAGUUCACCGGCACCGUUGUCCAAGUUGGUUCUGCUGUCAAGUCCGUUCAGGUUGGCGAUAAGGUCGUGGCCCCUUUCACAGCAUCCUGUGGUGUUUGCUUCUACUGCCUUAAUGGUGCCACCGCUCGCUGUGUUGAGACCCAGCUAUUUGGUUGCGAAGAUCUUGAUGGCGGACAGGCCGAGUAUGUGAGAGUCCCAUUGGCAGAUGGAACUGUGGUCAAGGCCCCAGACACUAUUUCCGAUCAAGCUCUCCUUCUCAUGGCUGACAUCUUCCCUACCGGUUACUUUGGUGUCAAGAGCGCAAUCGAGAUGUGCCCUUCUCAGGACAUCCGUCAAUCCACCUUGGUCGUCGUCGGAUGUGGGCCAGUCGGUCUCUGUGCUAUCUUGGCUGCUGCCCAUCGCCAACCUCGCCAUCUUUUUGCCAUUGACAGUGUCGACAGUCGCUUGGAGCUGGCCCGGCAACUCGGCGCUGAGCCGCUCAACUUUCAAACUGACAAGGAGAGAAUGGUAGCACGCAUCAAGGAAGUGACGGAGGGCCGGGGCGCGGACAUGGUCGUGGAGGUGGUCGGCCAGGCACCGGCGCUGAAGACAGCAUUUGACCUGGUGCGAAACUUUGGAGCUAUCAGCAGCAUAGGGGUUCACAGCACUGAGAUUCCAUGGACGGGAGACGACAUGUACACGAAAAACCUGCGACUGCAGAUGGGUCGAUGCCCUGUCCGAAGCGUCUUUCAAGAGGCCCUCGAAUUGCUUGAGCUCAAGCAACACCUUGUCGGGUUCAUGUUUGACCAGGUAAUGCCGCUCUCCGAGGCGGCAGAGGGCUAUGCCCUUUUCGAGCAGAGAAAGACGCAGAAGGUCGUUUUCAAGCCUUGA